AUGUCUCAAUCCGGAGCGACCGUCUCGCAGGAGUGCAUCACUGCCUACAAUGACCUGAAGCUUAACAAGAAGUACAAGUUCAUCAUCUACAAGCUGUCAGACGAUUACAAGGAGAUUGUUGUCGAGGAAGCCUCUGACAGCAAGGACUGGGAGGCUUUCCGGGAGAAGCUCAUCAAUGCCACCUCCAAGAGCAGAUCCGGUGCUGUCGGCAAGGGUCCCCGUUACGCCGUCUACGACUUCGAGUACAGCCUUGCCUCUGGCGACGGUCUCCGCAACAAGCUUACCUUCCUUGCCUGGUCUCCUGAUGAUGCCGGUGUUCAGCCCAAGAUGAUUUACGCUUCCUCCAAGGACGCCCUCAAGCGAUCUCUGACUGGUAUCGCCACAGAGUUGCAGGCCAACGACCCCGAUGACAUUGAAUAUGACUCCAUCAUCAAGACCGUCAGCAAGGGCCUUGCUGGUUAA